AUGUCAUCAUUUGAAACAGAAAAAGAAAAAGAAAACAUUGUACUUGAUGGAUCUGUUGAUCUGCGAGGGAGGCCUGUUGAGAGAGCAAAGACAGGAGGAAUUAAAGCAUGCUCUUUUUUAGUUGGGUAUGAGUUCUGUGAGAGGCUGGCUUUUGGUGGGAUUUGGGCUAAUCUGGUAAUUUAUCUCACAACUAAACUACAUGAAGGGACUGUUUCUGCCUCAAGAAAUGUCACUGUCUGGACUGGCACCAUGUGGAGCAUGUCCAUCAUUGCAGCUUAUAUUGCUGAUACACAUUGGGGUCGCUACUGGACCUUCCUGGCUUUUUCCUCUGUCUAUAUAGUGGCAAUGGGGCUUUUGGCAUUAGCUGUGUCGUUGCCAUCUUUAAGACCGCCUCCUUGCUCAUCAGGUGAAGGCUGCCAAAAAGCUUCUAAUCUUCAGAUUGGAAUAUUUUACCUAGCCUUAUAUCUUGUAGCAGUGGGUGCUGGUGGAAUCAAACCAAACAUCUCCACUUUUGGUGCAGAUCAGUUCGAUGAGUUUGACCCCAAAGAAAAGUCCCACAAAAACCGAUUCUUCAACUGGUGGAUGUUCACCAUAUUCUUCGGAAGUCUGUUUGGAAAAACAUUCCUGAUUUACAUAGAAGACAAUGUGGGCUUUGGCGUGAGCUAUGGAGUCAUCACAGCAGCACUCAUCAUCUCAGGCAUUGUCUUCUUGAUUGGAACUCCUUUUUACAGACAUAAAAUAGUGGCUGGCAGCCCUCUAAAGCGAAUGGGUAAGGUAUUUAUGAGGGUGAUCAGGAACUGGAAAGUGAAAGCUCCUUCAGAUCCUUCUACCCUUUACGAAGUAGAUCCCAAAGAAUAUAUUGCCAAAGGCAGAUAUCCCAUCGCUCAUACUUCAGCUUUGAGAUUUCUUGACAAGGCAGCAAUUGUAAAAGACGGAAACGUUUCUUCAAAGAUUUCAACUGUGACAGAAGUUGAGGAAACAAAACUGAUGAUUGGAAUGCUUCCAAUUUGGGUUGCUACAAUCACACCCAGCAUUCUGGGACCACAAGCUGGCACUCUGUUUGUAAAACAGUCAGAAACACUGAACAGACAUUUGGGCUCCUCCUUCCAAAUCCCAGCAGCCAGUGUCACAGCUUUCCUCACUCUAUCCAUGCUCAUAACCACCCUAAUCUAUGAUAGGCUCCUAGUGCCCAUUCUGAGAAAAUACACAGGAAAUCCCAAAGGCACAAGUGCACUACAGAGGAUGGGAGUGGGAAUGGCAAUGCAGGUUGUUGCCAUGCUAGUGGCUGUGGCCGUAGAAAUCAAACGACUUGAAGCAGUUAAAGAUGGUGGGCUUCAAAACAACAAGAGGGGAAUUGUUCACAAAAGUAUUUUCACCUUACUUCCACAGUUUAUACUGUUGGGCAUAGCUGAUGCGUUUCUUGAUAUAGGUAAAAUAGAAUUCUUUUAUGAUCAAGCCCCGGAGAGCAUGCAGAGCAUGGGGACUGCACUGUAUACAAGCUCUAAUGGCGUGGGUGCCUUCUUCAGCAGCUUUGUUAUUACAGCAGUGAGUAACUUCACAGCAAGAGGAGGACGCAAAGGAUGGAUUGUCAAUAAUACAAAUGCAUCCCGUCUGGAUUACUAUUACGCAUUCUUGGCUGUUCUGCUCUUAAUGAAUGUGCUGUUCUUCAUGUUUGUUUCGUAUGUGUAUGCAUACAAGAGAGAAAUCACGGAGGCUUUUAGGGAACAUUCUGAGAAAGCCAUGAUUGAUACUGAUGUCAAUGGCCCCAGCUUGAAAGGAGAACAUAAUGGAUCAGACCCCAUCCAGUUGUAGUUAAUAUUAGACAGUUUAAUGUCUAUGAUCAUGCUAAUUUGAGGAUAAACAUAAAAUGAUUCCAAAAUCUGAAUCUGAUUUUAUUUGUCUGGCAGAAAGUGUUAAUAAUUCAGUCCAGUCAAUCAUAUAACAGAAAUUUCAACCCACAUUUCAAUGUUUUAUUUGGGUGGGGUUCAGCAGAUCGUCGUAUUCUUCCGGGUUUCUGCUCCAAAGGUCUCUGUCGUAGAUCAAUAAAUAUUGAAGUAUUCCAAUCACCAUUGGUGCACAUGGCUUUUAGAAGACAUGGGUCAAAUUGUCGGUGGUUUUUCUAAGCUAAAUCGGUAUUUUAAAGUUGUAUUUUAUGAAAUAAUACAAAGGGUGACCAUUUAAAUUUCUUGGA